AUGACGGCCAAUCCACCUAUACGGACUAUUCCUAUUCAGGAGCUCUCCCCGAAUUAUACCGUAAAAAGAUUUCUUUCUUCCAUACAACCUCACAUUCUCGAACAUGUUCGACAAGGAACAGACUUCUUUCGUAGAGUGCAUCACACUGAUAACGAUCAAGAUCCCAUUCAUGCUCACGUCAUCAGGAGAGAAGCUAGCGGCCACUGGCAAGAUCAUGAUGUAGGAACGAGCGAAUUAGGUCACAGAGCGGUGUUGGAAGAAACUGACUCGAGAGGAGGAUACCGCCAGUAUGGUCACAUGGAAGAAGCUCAGAAGUAUACUCCGGUUCAUAAUCCUGGAAUUCGCAAUAUGCAGAGGUACCCGAGUCUGCCCCGAACCAAGAUUCAGCCAGAUCCAGUAGAAGAUAACCCUGUUCAGCAUCAUUUCCAUACACCUAAUGACCACACCUCAGACCAUACAACGAAGCUGCGUACCACUAUCGACAAUGACCGACACAAUUCUAAUCAGCGUUUCAAUCGCGACCAACAAGAGGAUUUGGAAGAAAGCGAGAGUGCCCAACGACUUCUGGCGCGCAAACUUCGCAGAAGGGAUAAAGCAGCCAUCAUCAAGCCUAAACCUCCUACGCAAUCACACCCUCGAAAUGGGUCUCGAACGAGUCGCAAACGAGGACAACAGCCCUCGGAAGCGGAAUCGCCCCCUGUUAGUCGCCAGAAGACCAUCCAGGCAGAGAAUGAAGGCGACAAAAAACUCAAAUCCUCAUCUUUGCUUGACGUUGCUCGCAAGUAUCAAGCAAAGAACAUAUAUGCUUCCAAUGGAAGACUUAGUAUCGCUCCUCAACAACGGCAAAAGAAAGUCGGAUUCAUGGCACAUGGGGUAGCUUCAGCACCAAUCCGCUUCCAGUCAACUAGCAAAAGACAACGUCAAUCAGAGAAGGCAUUCAGUGAAAAUGAAUUCCUCGGAUUGAGACAAUCUCAACAGCCUGUAUCUGAAGAUGAGGAUGAAGACCUUACAGUCGAUUGGGAACGUCAACCUCGAGGAAGACAUCCUGCCCUAAAUGCAGGGAACAUUGGUAGUAAAACGACAAAUCGACGAAGUGAGGAAGUCAGGUAUUCAACCAAUGAAAGCCAGUAUCGACCUUAUCCUCCCUCUGUACAAGCGCCUCAGGGACCAUAUAGUCGGUUGCCCCUACCUGGACGAACAAACUCUCCGAGUUGGCCAACUGUAUCAAGUCAGGCUUCGAAACGUAUCAAGGUCUUUAAUCCCCCUUCAUCAGCACGGACACUAAGCAAGAUCAGCAUGAAAGGCGAAGAAGAAGCACAGGAGAAACGAAAGAGAAAGGCGGAAAUCAGACAAAGGGAUAUCUCAGUGGUGAAAGCAAAUGAAAGAUUAGAAGCCGAGCGCGUGGAAUUGGAGAAGCUCAAAUAUGAAAAAUCGGAGAAGGAACAGCAUCAACAGAGGGGGAUGGAAAGAGAAUGGGAAGAAAGGAAGAGGAUGGAAAAAAUGGAGAGGGACGAAACAGAAUGGAAUAAUUCACAGAAAGAUUUGAGGAGAAUCACAGAAAAGAAUAAAUGGAGAAUACCGGAUAAUCAUUUCCUUCACUACUUUCAGAGCCCUGGUCCGACAUCAGCGGAUAUUGGUACUAGCCAUGAUCACCAAUAUCUUUCCCAAUCUCGACCUGUGGAACACGGUGCACUUCCGCCAGUUCAGGAACGACCUCUUCCUCUCCCACCCGCAAAAUAUUCUCAUCAUACUGUCAACAGCCCAAACCCAAUCAAUGUGGCGCCUCGACGACCGGUAUCCAUUAUUGGUGGAGGUGGUGGCAUGCCACCGCCUCCUAUGCCUGUUCGAGCCUUUCACUCUACAUAUCGCCUAUCUAUUCCUGGCUCACCUGCGAUUCAUUACCCUAUAAAUCUCAAGAAUUCACAAGGAUCUAACUCUCGUUUACCUCCUGCAACUCCCCGAGGCGAAGUCUUCGGUCGAAAAGAACCUCCAAUAGUACCCAGGCAACCUGUAUUGGGAAUGUCCAAAACAGUUAAUCAUGCAUCGGGAGGAAGAAAUAUGAACCACACUGGCGAGAUGAGCUUCGGGCUUACGAGGCAGGAGAGAUCAGGCAUUACAGGAGCGCAGUUUGUCUCUCCUUCACCCGUCAAUCAAGCUCCCUUAAGAUACACUCCAAGACGAAAUCCGCCGGUACCAGCUGUCAAUUCCUACCUUCCCAAUAUCGGCACUUCAUGGCAGAACCCGUGGGUUACCCCUCGAUCUCAGCAGACUUUUUAUCCGACCUAUACUCCCAGAAUAUCAACGAGGAAAGGGAUAGAGCAGUAUGGACUGACGAAAGAAGAUCGCGAGUAUUUCUGGAAAGACGGUAUUCCGUCAGGAUAA